AUGACGACGGCAGCGGAGGCGGCGCCCUUGCGACCAAAGCGCUCCAAGAAGGGGCCGUCGUCCUUAACUGCCAGGCUCGAGACAAAGACGGAGUUCGACCGCGAUGUGCGUGCCAUCCGCGAGAGACAGCUCAAGCAGGCCCAUGAGUCCCUUAAGAAGAAUCCCUCUGGUGCCUCUGUCUCCGCCUCCGGGGAGGUGUACAAGGGGAUCCACGGCUACACGGACUACAAGGCUAGGGAGCCAUUCGUUGAUCCAGUGGUCACCAAAUGCAAGCACUACUUUUGUGAACAUUGCGGUUUGAAGGAUGCUCGGAACAAGCUAAGAGGACAAAAGAUUGAUCUUUUGCUUGCUAUACUGCUAGAGAAAAACGACAGCUUUUAUGCAUACAUAGGAUGCUACCUGGCAGUUUAUAGACUGAUCUGGAACCAAACUCUCAAGAGUGCGGUUUCACUACAAGAAUUUUGUCACUUGGCACAUUGUUACGCUCCUACUUUCUAUGCUCAGUGCUUUUAUCAUACACAGGAUGAAGAACUUGCACAACAUCAAGUGUCAAUGUUACUGUUUCUUGCUCUUGCUUGUGGCAUAGCAAUGUUUUUGUUCACUAAGGUGUUUGGUACUCAAGUAUUGACGGCUUUUACUGGAUCUGGGAACUUAUUUCUUGGGCCAGUACAUAUGCACAGGAGCUGGUGA